ACUGACCCGAAUACAGAAUAGGCAUACAAUUUGUUUGCAACGAUUGAAUCUACCGAGCUUUCAUACACUGUAGGCCUAGAGUACAACAAAGCACACAGAUCCACUUUCCGGUUCAGUAGAUUAAAAUGAACAAAAUAGUAAUAGAAAUCUGAAUUUGCUCUAACACUACACAUUGAGACUUCACUAUAGACAUGCAAUCGUAAAUAUGGAUAGCGUCAAGUUGGUAUGUUUGCUCAAUAGUGUUCUUCUUGGCUUUUCCGUCCAUACCGGUAGUAAUGAGUACAGAUUUCCGAUUUUCAUUCCCGCCGUGAACGAGAGGUUACCAAACAUCGUGUUUUUGAAUGAGGGAGAAGUUGUCGGUGUUGCGAACGUUUCAGUACCCGCAGUUGGCCUUGAUGAAUCCGUUGUAGUAUAUGCACAAGCAACAUUUGUAUUAUACGACGCAUUGCACGGAUCAAACCUCACUAACGAUGCAAUCUCAAUCCAUAUUCGCACAUCCGAUGACAUUCGCCCAUAUGUAUCCCUUCAACCAUCACAACCAUCAAUUGAAAUUCAACUUGUUUCGUCUGCUGGAAAAGAGUACCACUUUUACGAUACAAGAGAUUACAAUGUAGAUGCGUUCUGUUUGGACAUACUGUCACUUCAAAAUUAUACACAAGUUAAAAUAUCAACAGAUAUAGAACAAGGUGUCGUGGGUAAGAGUAGGAUUAUUAAUUUCACAGAGGAUGAAAUAAAACGAAUUUGCAUGUUUACUGCAAUAGACCUACAACAUACCCACGUAGACUCAACGAAUCCCGUCGUUCUGAUGCUUAGCGGUGAAGACACACUGACAGGAAUACAACAUUUGAUUGAUACACUCAUUGAUUAUUCUCACUGGGGUAAAACAUUUACAGUUUAUCCACUUCUAGAUAAACAAAAAUAUAGAACCUUCGUUAAAAUAUUCUCUCUCAAAUAUGACAAUACACUUUAUUAUUGGGGCAAUCAAAUAGUUAUUAAAGCAGGCAAUUCCUUUGAGGUCGAAGUAAUACAUCCAUUUACGUUGACCUCAGAGAACCCAGUAUUUGUCACUAUGUCGAUGUAUGACAAUUCAUCAUUUCAUAAUUCUCCAAAUCAAAUCGCUCAGAGUGAUCCGAUCUUAAACAUACCCGUGAAACCAGUUGGACAAUAUAUUUCUAGAACGUAUAUUCAGACUCCAUCAGGAUCCAAUACAAGCAAAGCCAUAAUAUCUACACUCUGCUAUGGACUAUCCCAUAUUACGUUUGAUGAUGAUCCACUAGAUGUUAACUUGGACUUUGAAAUAACAUCGAUGACGGACUCGGAUUAUUGCUUAAUCACCGUCCCACUGAAACCAGAAACAAGACAUAAAGUACAUUCAUACUUGCAAACGGCAGCGUUUACUGCACUUGUUUACGUCUCAACUGCAACUACAAAUUACGUAUAUAAUGUUGGGGGCUCAGGUAAAGUUCUGAAUUGCAAAACGCUUAUUUACGGCCAUCUACUCUAUGAACAUGAUUGCGACGUCCAAGUAUACGAGAAGAACAUUUCUUGCUCCGGUCCACCUCUGACUUGCCAUGUUGAAAAAUCUGAAUGCUCUUCUUGUAUAAGACUAUAUGCAUUGAUAGCGAUGGGUGUUGGUUCUGUUGUAGUAACAGUGGCCCUCAACAUGUUCUGUCAGAUGUGGUACUGUCCAAGACGUAAAAGAAAAAAUGCCACCAAAAUGGCCAAGAAGAAGCUGAAAGAGGAUCAAGAGAUAAAAGAAAAAGAGCGAAUGAAGAACGAAGCUUUAAUUAUAAUCGAGAGGCGUCUUAUACAGUUAGCCGAACGAAAUGUUCAGAAACCAAAAGACAACACAACGUUUUAUAAUUUAGUUGCGGAGCUGAAUGUAGGUGCAGACAAGCAAUGACGAUUACCGGACUGGAACUACAUCAUUCAAUCUGCAACCUUAGUUUAAUACGCAACUCUACAUUCCAAUAGAGUUCAAUCAGCAGUUUAAAGUGUAUAAUAAACAAAUAAAUACUAAACAAACAAAUUAGCCAACUAACAAUUAUGAUACAUUCUGCAUUUUUAGCUUUUAAAAUGCCCGUGUUUAUUUUAGCAUUUACUUUGCAGCUUUAACAUUCAAUACAUAAUUUCAGUUCCAAGCCUCAGAGAUUUUUGUGUCAUGUGAAUCAAGUUGUACAGUUUGACAAAUAAAUAUAUCUUGUAUCUUUGAA